AAUAGCACUAAUAACAAUAGCAAUAAUAACAAUAAUAACAACAGCACUAAUAACAAUAAUAGCAAUAAUAACAAAAGCAAUAAUAACAAAAGCAAUAAUAACAAUAGCAAUAAUAAAAAUAGCAAUAAUAACAAUAGCAAUAAUAACAAUAGCAAUAAUAACAAUAGCAAUAAUAACAAUAGCAAUAAUAACAAUAGCAAUAAUAACAAUAGCAAUAAUAACAAUAGCAAUAAUAACAAUAAUAACAAUAGCAAUAAUAAAAAUAGCAAUAAUAGCAAUAAUAACAAUAGCAAUAAUAACAAUAGCAAUAAUAACAAUAAUAACAAUAGCAAUAAUAAAAAUAGCAAUAAUAACAAUAAUAACAAUUGCAAUAAUAACAAUAGCAAUAAUAACAAUAAUAACAAUAGCAAUAAUAACAAUAGCAAUAAUAACAAUAGCAAUAAUAACAAUAGCAAUAAUAGUAAUAAUAACAAUAAUAACAAUAGCAAUAAUAACAAUAGCAAUAAUAACAAUAAUAACAAUAGCAAUAAUAACAAUAGCAAUAAUAACAAUAGCAAUAAUAACAAUAGCAAUAAUAACAACAGCACUAAUAACAACAAUAGCAAUAAUAACAACAAUAGCAAUAAUAACAACAGCACUAAUAACAACAAUAGCAAUAAUAACAAAAGCAAUAAUAACAAAAGCAAUAAUAACAAUAGCAAUAAUAAAAAUAGUAAUAAUAAAAAUAGUAAUAAUAAAAAUAGUAAUAAUAACAAUAGUAAUAAUAACAAUAGCAAUAGUAACAACAACAGCACUAAUAACAACAACAGCACUAAUAACAAUAAUAGCACUUAUAACAAUAGCAAUAAUAACAAUAAUAACAACAGCACUAAUAACAAUAAUAGCAAUAAUAACAAAAUCAAUAAUAACAAAAGCAAUAAUAACAAUAGUAAUAAUAAAAAUAGUAAUAAUAAAAGUAGUAAUAAUAACAAUAGCAAUAAUAACAAUAGCAAUAAUAACAAUAGCAAUAAUAACAAUAGCAAUAAUAACAAUAGCAAUAAUAACAAUAGCAAUAAUAACAAUAGCAAUAAUAACAAUAGCAAUAAUAACAAUAGCAAUAAUAACAAUAGCAAUAAUAACAAUAGCAAUAAUAACAAUAGCAAUAAUAACAAUAGCAAUAAUAACAAUAGCAAUAAUAACAAUAGCAAUAAUAACAAUAGCAAUAAUAACAAUAGCAAUAAUAACAAUAGCAAUAAUAACAAUAGCAAUAAUAACAAUAGCAAUAAUAACAAUAGCAAUAAUAACAAUAGCAAUAAUAACAAUAGCAAUAAUAACAAUAGCAAUAAUAACAAUAAUAACAAUAGCAAUAAUAACAAUAGCAAUAAUAACAAUAAUAACAAUAGCAAUAAUUACAAUAGCAAUAAUAACAAUAGCAAUAAUAACAAUAAUAACAAUAGCAAUAAUAACAAUAGCAAUAAUAGCAAUAAUAACAAUAAUAACAAUAGCAAUAAUAACAAUAGCAAUAAUAACAAUAAUAACAAUAGCAAUAAUAACAAUAGCAAUAAUAACAAUAGCAAUAAUAACAAUAGCACUAAUAACAACAGCACUAAUAACAACAAUAGCAAUAAUAACAACAAUAGCAAUAAUAACAACAGCACU